CACCAUUGCCUUGGACACUUGUCUUAGCUUUUCUAAUAAGGUAGAAAUAUAGUACAGCUCACACAGAAACAAGUAGAAGAAGAUAAAAGAAGAGAGGAAGAAAAGGGAAAGGCCUCUCUUAUAUAUCUCUUCAUUCUCUUGAGCAGUAUCUGAAGAAAUUAAGGACGGAGGAGGCAGUGAAGAGAAAAAGAGAAAGAGAGAUAUGGGUAGACCACCCUGCUGUGAUAAAGUCGGUGUAAAGAAAGGACCUUGGACUCCUGAAGAAGAUAUUAUCUUGGUUUCUUAUAUUCAAGAACAUGGUCCUGGGAAUUGGAGGUCUGUUCCUACCAAUACAGGUCUGCUUAGAUGCAGCAAAAGUUGCAGGCUUAGAUGGACUAACUACCUAAGGCCUGGGAUCAAACGUGGAAACUUCAGUGAUCAUGAAGAGAAGAUGAUAAUCCAUCUUCAAGCUCUGUUGGGCAAUAGAUGGGCUGCCAUAGCUUCUUACCUUCCUCAAAGAACAGAUAACGACAUCAAGAAUUACUGGAAUACCCACUUGAAGAAGAAGCUUAAGAAGCUUCAGACAGGUCUUGAUGACAAUACCAGAGAUGGGUUUUCAGGUUCUCAGCAAAUCUCCAAAGGUCAGUGGGAGAGAAGGCUUCAAACUGAUAUCCACAUGGCUAGGCAGGCUCUAUGUGAGGCAUUGUCUUUGGAGAAUCCAAACAAUUUGUCUGACUUGAAGCCCUCUAAUGGCUGCUACUCUUACAUGAGCACUACCCAGACAUCUACAUAUGCCUCAAGCACUGAGAACAUAUCAAGAUUGCUCAAAGGAUGGAUGAAGAAUUCACCAAAAUCUUCCAAGACAACCUCAUCAGAGAUCACUGAUCAGAAUUUCUCCAACAAUGGGGCUCAAACAUCUCCUGAUGAUUUUGAAAUAUUGCUGUUUGAUUUUGAGUCUCCAACACCUGAUGCCUCUCAGUCUGUGUCUCCGGAUGAGGCAGUCAAUUUCUCACAGGAUAUUAGCCACUUCCAAGAUGAAAGCAAGCCAAUUCUAGGAAGUGAAGCCCCUCUCUCUUUGCUUGAGAAAUGGCUGUUUGAUGAAGGUGUUGCUCAGGGUCAAGAGGAGGACCUGAUUGAGGCUUCACUAGGAGGCACUGCAGCCGAGUUGUUCUGAAGUGCUUCUUCCUUUUCUGUCUGUUUUCUUUUGUUUAGUUCCUUAAUUAGUGAUCCUUAGUGAUCUUGGCCUUAAGCUGAUUAAUCAAAUUGUGUUGUGGCUUAUUAAGAAGUGGCCAUGCCAUCCUUUAUCAAAGAAAGACAAAUGUAAAUUACAGUAACAUCUAUUAUGUCAAAGCUAUAACUUGAAGAAUAAACUCGUAUCUUGGGUCU